UAGACAGGGAAAAAUCAGGAUAUUGAUAGCAAUAGUUGACGAGGAAAAUCUUCCCAUUAGAGCAAUAUAAAUUUCUUCAUGGCGAUGCUUAAGCCACAAGGUCUUCUCUCUCUAUAUUUGAGAUUUCCACCUUCUGUCCUAAACUUCAGGUUGUGUCUUCUGAUGUUCUAAAGCUACCAAAAUCAGUUGUUGCUGAGAAGAACGAUUCAAGUAGUCAUGAUACUUCCAGGAAAAGUAAGAAUAUUCUCUCUCUUUAUUUUCUCUCAUUAUGCUGUGAAAUUUUGCGUUGGUGGAGAUGUCAUUACGGCAUCUGAGUACAUCCAAGACCCUGGAAGUAUCAUAUCAAGUGGAGGUCUCUACAGACUGGGAUUCUUUAACCCCAAUGGUUCUACCAAUCGGUAUGUCGGAAUAUGGCAUGACAAGAUUCCUGCAUAUAACGUCUUUUGGGUUGCGAACAGGGAGAAGCCUGUUGCAGAUUCUUCUGGUGUCAUGACCAUAUCUGAUGACGGUAAUCUUGUGAUAAUGAAUGGAAAGAAGGAAGUACUUUGGUCAUCCAACGUUUCCACCUCUGGAGCUAGCAAAGCCCAAUUAUUAGAUAGUGGAAAUCUUAUCUUGCUCAAACAAAGUUCUAAUACGAGCACAAAUGAUACAGCAAUGGUAUGGGAAAGUUUCCAGAACAUGUCUGAUACACUCAUGGCGAAAAUGAAGCUUAGCACCAAUGUGAGAACAAAUGAGAAGCAGGUACUCACAUCUUGGAAAAGCCCUUCUGAUCCAUCAAUUGGAAGUUUCUCAGUUAGUUUUGAACCACUAAAUAUUCCUGAAGUUUUCCUUUGGAAUGGCAGUACUCUUUAUUGGCGGAGUGGUCCAUGGAAUGGUAAGGUUUUCAUUGGAAUUCCCCAGAUGGCAUCUGUCUAUCUUGAUGGAUUUAGCAUAGGGGAUGGCGAAGAAGGAACUGUCUAUCUGACUUACAAUUUUGCAGAGGUGUCUUAUUUGUCCUACUUUUUUGUGAAGUCAAAUGGGGUAUUGUUGCAGCCAUACUGGGAUUUAAAAUUUAAGUAUUGGCGAAUCGAUUGGUCAACCCCGGAUUCCGAUUGUGAUGUUUAUGGCAAGUGUGGGCCGUUUGGAUUCUGCGAUACCAAGAAAUCACCAAUUUGCAGCUGCUUGAGAGGCUUUCAGCCUAAAAGAGUCGAAGAAUGGAGCAGAGGGAAUUGGUCCAGUGGAUGCAUCCAGAGAUCAUUGCUGCAAUGUGACAGGAUAAAAAAUGGCAGUACUAAAGUGGGAAAAAUGGAUGGAUUUCUAAAGCUUGAGAAUGUGAAAGUGCCAAAUUAUGCAAUCUGGUCAUCAUCUUUGGAAGACAAGUGCCGAGAGCAGUGCCUCAGUAAUUGCUCGUGUGCAGCAUAUGCUUAUGAUGCGGGAGUUGGUUGCAUGUACUGGAGGGGAGACCUAAUCGACAUACGGAAGUUUUCCUAUGGAGGAAAAACUCUUUUUGUCCGACUGCCCCGUUCAGAACUUGAAGGAAAACGAGAUCUGAGAGCAAUUAUAGCGGCUGCAGUUGUUGUGGCAACAGUUAUUUUCAGUAUUGGUACUUUCUUCGCCUGGAAGAAGUCAAAAACGAAGAGGUAAAGACGGAGAACAUUUUCAGAGGCUUCUACUGAGAACAUGCUUGGAAAGAGCUUGAGCAAAGUUUAUCUCCAGGAGCUUGUGCUAUAUAAAUUGGAAGAGCUGGCCGCAGCAACAAGCAACUUUAGUGACGCGAACAAGCUCGGAGAGGGUGGUUUUGGGGCAGUAUAUAGGGGGAGAUUGCUAAAUGGAAAAGAAAUAGCAGUCAAAAGACUAUCCAGGGCCUCGGGACAAGGAUUGCAGGAAUUUAUCAAUGAAAUGGUCGUGAUUUCUAAGGUCCAACAUCGAAAUCUAGUUCGACUCCUUGGAUGCUGUGCCGAGCAAGAUGAGAAACUAUUAAUCUAUGAGUUCAUGCCAAAUAAGGGUCUAGAUACAUUUCUUUUCGAUCCGCUCAAACGAGAGCAACUGGAUUGGAGAAGACGGUUCAACAUUAUUGAUGGAAUUUGUCGAGGGCUACUGUACCUUCACCGUGACUCUAGACUACGGAUAAUUCAUAGAGAUCUUAAGACAAGUAAUAUCCUGUUGGACGAAGAGCUCAAUACAAAAAUUUCAGACUUGGGAACAGCCAGGAUAUUUGGGGAAGAAGAUCAAGCAGACACACUAAGAGUUGUGGGAACCUAUGGUUACAUGGCUCCGGAAUAUGCGAUGGAAGGGCGGUUUUCAGAAAAAUCAGAUGUUUUUAGCUUCGGAGUAGUAUUGCUGGAGAUCGUAAGUGGAAGACAGAACACUAGCUUCAAUGAGGAAGAUCAAUCCUUGAGCCUGUUAGGAUUGGCAUGGAAAUACUGGGAGGAAGACAAUGUACUUGCACUAGCGGACCCUAAAAUUUCUGUUGGACCCUUUGGGGUUGAGAUCACAAGGUGCAUAAACGUGGGGCUGCUCUGUACACAAGAAUUCGCACAAGACAGGCCUACCAUUUCAACUGUUAUUUCAAUGAUUAACAAUGAAAUUGUUGGUCUUCCUAGUCCAAACAAACCUGCAUUCACCGAGAGGCAAACAACCACCGACACAGGUUCCUCCAGACAAAGCCAGAAGAAAUAUUCUGCCAACCAUGUCACUCUUACCUCUCUGGAAGGCAGAUAAAAAGAGGAUGCCUGAACCAACACAUUCGAAAGUUCAGCUCGGAGAUGCAAACUAUAGCCAGCUCGUGUCUUGGACAUGGAGUGAAUAAUAAGUACUAGCAUGAUCCUAUUUACAUGUACUGCUGUUAAAGCAGAGUCUCUGUGUUCCUUUUCUUUUUUUCCUUAAUCAAGGUCGAUCUUGCUUGGAAAUGUAUGAACGUAAAAUUGUGAAAUAGCAAGUUACUGUAAGUUGGGUGGCCGUUAGGCCUUGCUUA